AUGGCAUCUAGAGUUCUCAGCAAAUCCUACAAUUCUUCAGCUCCCUCCAGCCCAAGUACUCUGUUUUAUGAUGGAGACAGUAGUGGUGAGAACCUUCGUAAGCCAAGAUCUGAAGAUGGGGAGCCUAAUAAAAUAGAAGAUCCGACACCUAGAUAUGUACCCAUAUCGGAUACCUCCCACAAUAUUUUGCGGACGGAGGUGAAUUAUCUGCGCCGGUUUCAUCAUCCAAACGUGAUUAAACUUAUUGCUUACUGCACCGAUGGUGACAACCUGCUUUUGUCUGUUUAUGAACAACCCUUCAAUAUUUUUCUCCAUUGUCAUAUUUGUUAUUUAAUAAUCCAUGACCAUGAGGCAUUCCUUAAUGUAACGGCUUUUUUGGUCGUGGCUUCUGAAAAGAACUCUGUGAAUCACUACUUUAAAUGUCUGGGGACUUUGGAUUUUUCACUCCCUUCACUGCAAGUUGUUCUGGAACCUAAGUGGCUCUUGCAUUUCAAGCUGCUUCCCUGUCUUUCUUGGUCUACUAGAAUCAAGGUAGCAGUUGAUACUGCUGGAGGCCUUUCUUUCUUGCAUGAUGCUAAAAACAAAGUCAUACAUCGACAUAUUAAGUCUUCUAACAUUCUUUUGGAUAAGGAUUUUAAUGCCAAGUUGUCCGAUUUUGAUCUUGCUAAAGAGAUGCUACCUGAUCAUAUGACUCAUAUAUCCACUUGA